CGGCGCCUGGACCUUCGCUGCGCGACUUCGGGGGCGUCGGCCGAGCGCGCUCUCCGCGAUGCAGCUCCUGAAGGCGCUCUGGGCACUCGCGGGGGCCGCGCUCUGCUGCUUCCUCGUCCUGGUGAUCCACGCUCAGUUCCUCAAAGAAGGUCAGCUGGCCGCCGGCACCUGUGAGAUCGUGACCCUGGACCGCGACAGCAGCCAGCCCAGGAGGACCAUCGCGCGGCAGACGGCUCGCUGCGCCUGCAGGAAGGGGCAGAUCGCGGGCACCACGAGAGCCCGGCCCGCCUGCGUGGACGCUCGGAUCAUCAGGACGAAGCAGUGGUGUGACAUGCUCCCGUGUCUGGAGGGCGAAGGCUGUGACCUGCUGAUCAACCGGUCAGGCUGGACGUGCACGCAGCCGGGGGGGCGGAUAAAGACCACCACGGUCUCCUGACAAACGCAGCCCCAGAGGGGCCCCGGGAGCGGCCUCGGCUCCCUGGAGCGUCCACACCUCGGCCACGGUCCUCUGCCUGCCGGGGCCGUCACCGGCUCUCUGCCAUCCGCCCACCCUCCGUCUCUGCAGCCGGCCAAGGACAGCCCGCUUCCCCGGCGCCGAGCUGAGCGAGCACCGCAGCGAGGAGCCCGGCCCGGCACACGGCGGGGACGCAGGGCCAGCGCGGGAGGAAGGGCAGCGCCGGGCCCGGGACAGGACUGGCUUCUCCUUGCGCCCCAGACUGUCCGAAUCGCUUUUAUUUUCUUACCCUUUCAGUAUAUACUCAAUAGACCAAAGAGCAAAUCUAUUUUAACGUGCACUCGCCCUCGCUGUCAGAGUCCCUGGGCUCGACUCGGGGACACGCGGGCAGAGACAUGCCGGCGGCCCCGGCGGGGCCCGGAGGGCGGCCCUGGCGGAGGCGUCCGCCCCACGGACCCUGCGGGGCGCCCUGAGAGGGCCGGGCCGGCGAUGCCCCCACGCGGACCCCGCGGGCGCAUGGACCGCGUUGCGCGCCCCGCUCCUCUGCGCGUAGACGGACCUGACCGACUAAAAUCACCUUCCGUUUUAACCAGUUACACACGCCUCUCUCCAGCUCAUCUCUGGUAGUGGGGUACCCAGUAUUCGCCAAGAGCAUGUUGGGUCUCUCGUGGCCGCUGUCUCCUCCCACACACCAUUUAGCUCCAGAAAGCAAAUUAAAGAAAACUCAAGUAACACUUGUUUGAAAGAGAUCAUUAAAUGUAUUUUGCAAAGCCUAAAGUUAUAUAUUUAACAGUUUUUAUAUGCUGUAUAUUUGUAGAAAAUCCUAUUUCACAGUGAAGGUGGUAACCCUGGCCGACCCAAGGGGGCGGAGCGCCACUGUCUCGGGGGCCCCCGGGGCGCAGGGCGCGGGGGCAGGACUCUGGGGACGGUGGCCAAGGACGCGCCCACGUUGUGGGAGCCGGGUGGCCCAGGCGCCCCUGCAGCGUCUCCGUGAGCGCAGGGUGCGCGACUCGUCGGGCACGCCUCUUCUGACGGUCACAUGUCCCUUGUCGCCCGCGCCCCCCCCCCCCGACAUGGCCGGUCAGGAGGGGGCUCUGCAGCCGAGCCCGCCCCCAGGCCGCGCCCCGCCUGCCAGACCGAGCAGACGCCGGGGCCACCGCGCCAAGGGAUGCCGGCACCCCACCCCCCCACCCGCCCGCGCCCUCGCUGCCGCGCCAGGUCGCCAGGCCCAGUGGGCGGGGGCGGCCGCGCCCCUGGGUCCCCGGCCGUCGUCCGCCGGGCUCCUCCGUUCUCCUGAGUUUCCGCUGAACUAUACUACCUGACAGUCCAAUUAACAGGUGUACUAUGCUAGUUCUAUGCUACUAAAAAAAAUUAAAAGAAGAAAAAGUAAAAACAUAUAUAUAGAGAAGCUGUUCGGCAACCCAUAGACUACAGAUAGCAGAGAUCCGUUUCAUUUCAGACCCGUUUCGACGUCCAUGAGCAUUGAGUUUACCUUUCGGUCACGACACACUUAGAGGUUCGCGUGUCUGGAGGGAAGGACGCGGCCGGGCCUCGGUUUCUGGCCAGAGCAGAGGGGGCACCGCGGAGGGUCCCGCCUUCUCACCGCCCACCUCCCUGCCGCUGCCCGGCUCCCAUUUCCUCCCACAGCCAGUGUAGACCCCUUCAAAGGCAGAGACUGGAGGUUUAAGACGUUACAGCGGUUUUUUUUCCCUCUUGUUUUACAGUAUUCGAUUUUGUGUUGAUUCAGCUAAAUUAUGAAAAUAAAGAAAAGCUCCUUUGGUAAGCA